UUAGUUCUUAAAGAGUUCCAUACAGUGUGUUCUAAUCAUAGUCACCCCCCUCAAUUCUUCCCAAAUCUGCUUCCCUUCUCUACCCACCCAACUGUAUGUCCUUAGAUUGUCUUUUUAUAGUUUUCAAGACCAAUUCUUUGACAUGUGGCCUUCCACUGCAGCACUGUCGAUUUUACAAGGGCUACGUACUGAGAGAAAACUGUCAUCCUCUCUACCAGCAGCUAACAAUUGCCAAGAACUCCAUGUCAAAGGGUAAAAAUUCACAUCCAUCUCCCCUCUCACGUUGGGAUUAGGCCUGGCUUUGCACAGGCUGUUCCAGUCACUGUGAAUGCUUAUGCAUGGCUCCCCCAUGUGUCCAAAACAUAUUUCCUGUAGUCACCACCUCUAGCUCUUGGACACUUUUUGCUCCCUCUUCCACACUGACCUCUGUGCCUUGGGGAAGAGGAGAAGGUGCUUUUGUUUCCUUUAAGCAUUCUGUUAUCUCUUCUCUGCACCUUGUCCAGUUGUGAGUUUUGAUGUUAGUCACCAUUUACUGCAAAUAGAUGAGCGUUGAGAGAUGAAUUGAUCUACAGAUGCACUGAAAAGUCAUUAGGAGUUGGUUUAAUACUGUGUCCAUUUAGUAGAAAUAGAGUAGGCUGUUCCCUUGUCACAAAUUCUUGACCUGGUAACAGUGCAGUUAUGGAAUUUUUCCUAUUGUGGAGGGGGACUUAAAAUCCAAUCUAAAAGUGGUUGGUUAUUCCCAUGGUGUUUAUGCCACUAAUGGAAAAGUGGUCCUGUACUGGCCAGUUACUUUUUCUAAAUUUUUUUUCAAAAUAAACUUUUUCAUACAAUAUAGUUAGAUCAUGGUUUUUGCUCUCCCAUCUCCUUUCCAAACCUUCCUACCUCCCUCCCCACCUUUCUAAAUCCAUGACUUAUUGCUCUUGCUCUUAAGAAAACAAAAAGGAAAAUAGGAAAGGCAAGGAAAGGAUAAAACAAGAUAAACAAAUUAUGGAAAACAAAUAAAACAAAUAAAGUAAACUAAGAAAAGGCCCUAGAAACAUACAUACAACGAUACAGACUCAGACACACACCCACACACAAUCUGCUCCAGAAAACCUUAGGCCAGUCAUUUUUUAAAAGCUUGCAGGGUUCAUUUAAGUGUGAUCAGAAAGCUUCUUCAUCUCUACUGGCUUGUUUUCAUAGUGCUGUAACAGGCUUUGUACAAUACCCAGGGAUAAAAUACUCUUUUCUGUUUGUGUUAGCACAUGGCAGAGUUCCUCCUAUUUGUCUAUGUCUUAAUUCCAUAGCUGAGUAGGAAGAAGACAUCAAGCCAUAUAUUUCUCUUUAGCUAUAGUCACUGUAGCUACAGCAAAGAGACAGACUCUGAGGCCACUUAUCCUGGACCAGACAUUAUUAUAGAGAAGCUCAGAUGACAGCUCUAUUGCAGUGGAUAGGUGGAUAGAUCAGAUCCAUCUAAUCCUCAAAAUAAACCUUCAUGUUCUGUCCACAAAUCAAGAGGGCCCAAGCAUUAACCUUUUUCAAUCCAGGGGGAUCAAGUGGUAGAUGGACCUUUAAUUUUUUUUAUUUCUUCAGAAAGGAUUAGAGUAACCUGGAAAAUCUGAGUUUAGCAGAGGCACCGUGCAUUGAAGGAUGGCCAUCAAAACUUCCUGCACUCUAAUUCUCAGAAACUUUGCAGAUGGAAUGAUCUUGAAAUGAAUCCAGUGAACUCGGAUGUGAGAUGGAUGAUAAAUCCAAUGAACACUCCCAGGAGUCAGGGGCAAGGAUAUUUGAGAUAGAAUUGAAGACAGCAGCAGGAAGACAGGCAGAGAGAUGCCAACGGUUGAAACUGGAAAAGGCAAAGGCAAAUGAUUCUCUAGAGCCCCUGAUAGUUGUGGUAACACAUUGGGUUUAGACUUCUGAUGCCACAUGUGUCAAGAUGCCACAGGGCAGGGGACAUUAAGAUGGUAUAUAAAGUUGAAUUUUGGUGAAAAGCAACAGAAGCUGAGCAGGUCUCAGGGUUUACUUGUUCUGGGCUUAUUUAAGCUUCAUAAAUGUUUUAUGCGAUGCUACCUCCUUCUAUAAUAAUCACUCUUCUUACCAGCCAGCCGAACUCUUAAUUUUCAGGACAGAACCAUAAAAACUUCUCUUUGGAGGUUCCGUUGAAACUAAACAUGUGAUUGAGUUAUGGUUUGAAAGUACAAGGUUUCAGUCUCACAGAAAACUGCUUUCUAAAGGGCAUAGCAUCUUUGUUCCUUGGAUCUCGCCUCUUUGGACUUGGCCAUAUUCAAAUAUGACUAGUCAGGUUGAAGUCAUACAAACAGAAAAACUGGUGCAAAGAAAAGCAGGGGAGGAAAGCCGAAGGGGCCUGCGACAUUGAAGAUAUUACACAUUUGGGAUGCAGUCGUGUGCUCCAUAUUUUGGGCUUCAGUGCCAUGUGAGAAAAGUCACCCAUGCACUUAAGCUACCGUAUAAUUAGUUUUUUUAUAACUCAAAGCCAGAUAUCAUCCUAGUACAUCCACCAGCUUAGAAAGAGACCAUUCCUUGUGAACUCAAUUACUAGAGCUUUGUAUAUCAAAAUUUGCAAGGAAACAAUAUCCAAAAAGGAUGAAUUAAUCUCCCUCUUAUUUUACCAGCUACUGGAAAGACUUCUAUGGGCCUGCGAAUAGGAUUUAGCUAUCCUUUCAUGUACUGGCUAUAACAUUAUUCAUUAAUAUUCCAAUACCAUUAUCCCUUCAAAAGAAAGUUUUAAUUCAAGUAAUAUUUCCGGAUUACUGUUUUAGUAAUGAAGGCUUCAGAUUCCAUAGCUAUCAUCAUCCCAAUGGAAUAGGUUAACAGAAAACAGAGCCAUGGGCCACUAUACCAGAAGGAUGGACCAGCAGACACACUGUCAAAGGAAAUCUGAGGAUCCUGAUUGUAGGUUAGCACCUUGUUUUCCUAGAACUCCCCGAGAUUCCUAAUGCAUUACAUACUCCUGGUGAAAUCUACCCACUAAAUCAGGCCUUUGCUUUAUUUUUAAAAGCAUGUUGAUCAUUCAUUAAUGUUAAUAACUUACUAUUCUUCUGAACCAGGUAUUUAAAAACUCUGAAAUUACUUAGAAUGGGUCUCUGGAAGCUGAUGUUGGGUAAAGAUCAUUGGAGAGGCCUCUAUGCUCUUGGUUAACAUGUCCACCUUGCCUAACAUUUUAGAACUUACUCUGUCAUUUUCCCAGUUCCUAUAGGAAAAGGAGACCCUGCUGAUGUAUCAACCAUGUUUAUAGAAAUCAGAAAAGGGUGCGCCUUUUAUCAGCCUGGACUUUUGAUCCAUUAAUACAUUUAAGAAAAAAAACUAUUUGGUUGUCCCCUGAAAUAUGACGCAUCCUAUGGAUUUGAUAUCUUAACUAGCACAAGAUGACAGGCCUUAAGGUCAGUGACAUUCUUUUGAGUUUCUUGGAUUAACAUUUGUAACAAAAACACCAGCCUUGACUAGCUUUAAAACUGUUACCUUUUAAUUUAGACAACUCAAACAAUGGCAUCUAAUGUUCAUGACUAUAUUGUGUGAUGGAACAUGUGAUUAGCAGUAUGAUAUAGGGCUGGUCAGAGACAUCAGCCGUAAGGAUGUUGGCACAUGUCUUCUGCUUGUAUGAAGACGCUGUGUGGGAAGGAUUCUUGGCUGCCGCUGGCAUGGUGGUUAUAAAUCAAUUAGCCUUGAAUCCCUUCAGAUCAUUACAGUGAAAAUCUACUUUACAUGGAGUAAGAAAUAUAGCCUCUCAGAUCUUACAUAAGCAGUGUAGAUGCAAACAACUUCAUCUGUGUUGGUCGUUGUUGCAUGACUGUAUUUUAUGCAUCCUACACUGUGGCCACACUAAUCAACCUAUUGGUGCUGUGGACUUUUACCAUUGUAGCUUUGCUUGUGCAAUUAUUCCCUAGAAAGGCAUCUGAUGUAUUCAAACAUUCCUUACAUUAUUCAAAGCUUAAAUGAAGUAACAUAUUGUCUCGGUCUUCUCUGCAUUUCCUAAAUGAGACCUUAUAUUUCAAUACAUCCACAUGAAUAUAUACUGGUGAUUGAUAACUAAACUGUAAACUCUUUGAAAAUUUAGGUCAUGAGGACAAUAUCUACCACAAAACACACAACAAAGGCUAUGUAUCAAGCCGAAUGCCAAGUGUGGUGUGAUCACCAUGCCACCUACAUACUUCCUAUUCUUUUUCUGUGAAUUAAAAUAACUGAGUCCUAGGAAGUCAAUGCAAUUUACACAAUAUCCAACAGAUAAUUAAGAUUUGUACUUUAAAUUAGUAAAAGCCACCAAUCUCACAACUGAUAAUAAUUGCAGACUUUUUGAUGUUAUUUUGGUUUAUUUCCAGUUUCUGAGUUAUCUUGAAGAUAAAAUAUGAAACUCGUCCAUUAUCUCAUAUUCCUAAACCUCACCUGCCCAGCCUACUUCUUAUUAUAUUCAUUUGUAUUAUUGAGACAGGGGAUUCAUUUUUAUCAUGAUUAUAAAAUAUAAAAACAAUUUGCAAUACACAGCAAGUGCUCAGAGAAUACACAUUGUCUUUUCUUUUCCACCUAGUUCCCAAGAGUAAUCAGAAAGUUAGAGUAUGGCAGAGGUUGUGGUAUAAAAAAAGAAUGAAUCAAAUAAUCAUCUCCAAACUCAUUUUACUCUUCAACUUUGAACAUUAAUCCAGGGACAGGCAACAUUAAAACUAGAACUUUAAUGUUAAGAAAUGAUUGAAAGUCUGAUAUCAUACGGAAAUGAUGGAUCAAAUUUCAUAUGAAAUCUGCUUUGUAAUAACCUUUUAUAUUCUUAAUAAUAUUCUGCCCUAAAUAUUGACAGUGAAUUGACGCUUGAGUGAUAAAAGAAUGAUAAAAAAACAUGACAAGAAUAUUAGCCUUUCCCCCAUAAGGUUAAUAAUGUUUUGAUAAAAGAAAAACAUCAAUUUCUGGGGCAAUUUUGGAUUGCUCUUCAACGAGGAGGUGAAAAGAUCAUAAGUCUAGUGAAAUGCGUUUUAGUAUGCGUAUAUCCCUUAAGUGCUAAAUAAUUACAAGAGAAUUGAAAAAAAACUUUGUGUGGAGGGAUUUGCCCAACCAUCAAAUUUUUAAUAAUACCAAAUCAUCAAGUACUUAGAGCAAAAAAGAAAUGGAAUCAGUCCCAAUGGGCUACACAGGCCAGUCAAGGCAGGGUGGGGCUCCAGCCUGAGAAUGUAUUGUAUUUUGCUUUCUCUUGCUGUGAUAAAUACCACGAUCACAAGCGACUUGGGAGUAAAGGAUAGUUCUUAGCUUACAGGUGAUAUGGUUUAUUAUCAAGGGAAGCCAGAGCAGGAGUCAAGGCAGGAACUUGAAGGCAGGAAACGAACCAGAGACCAUGUAAGAGCACCUCUCACCAGUUCACAUUCAGCCACCUUUGUUUAAAGCCUGACCCAUCUGCCUAUGGAUGGUGACACAUAACACAGUGGGCUAGGCGACCCUUCAUCUAUUAGCAGCCAGGAAAAUAUCCCAUACACAGGAUGUCAGGCCAACCUGGUGGAGGCAAUUCUUGAGUUGAACUUUCUUUUUCUAGGUGUGUCAAUUUCCCAAAGAAAGAUUAAAGAUCACCGCAGGCAUCGGUAGGUUGUAAAGAUUCCUUUUGUUCUAGUGCUCUACAUGUGCCCAGAAAAAUACUCUUCCACUGAGCCACACUCCCAGCUCUCCCAAGAAAUUUUAUUGACAAACAUCUCCUCUAAUUCUGUGACAAAUUAUAGACUUAGAAACAAAGGGUUUCCCGGUAACUUAAUCAUUUUUGAGGCAGGGAAGGCAAUGAUACGCAUUUAAAGGAGAAUUCUUUUAUAACACUCUAUUACUGCCAGUUAAGGAAAACAAUAAUGUAGUUUAUAUCACUUGGUCUUGACCGCCGAGCAGAGUUAUUUGCUACACCAAGUCAGAAGUAUCGACGAGUAAAUCAAGUGAAAAUAACAUUCCUCCACAGGUUUAUCCUGUAAGCCUUUGAGAAGGCAUCACACAUCUACAGGAUGGUACUCUAGCUCAGCUGGACAAUGUUCCCAACAUCUGCAACUUGGGUAAUCAUCAUUUCGUAAAAGGUUAGAACAGAGGAGAAAAUUUCUUUACUUUGUAUUACAGGGUUCCUCCCACAAGAGCUGGGACAAUAGCUAAAAUUGCUAAUACCUGUCAGCAUUCAACUUAUAGAAAGCACUUCAUCAAAUAAAGGAACAACAGACACACUCACUACUGAUUCCAAUGCUAUGAAAACUUGAAGUUUCCUGUGAAAUUCAAGUAAAAGUUCAUUACGGUAGUGUCAUUUAAAAAUGAACUGACUGUGACAGUCUGGGAUAUUAUAUUUUCCUUCACAAAAGAUCUAAUGGAAUUCAAAUAUUACUCUUUAUCGUUGACAACCCAUCUACAAUGGCAGAAUGAAGCUGAGCUGUUAACAAAAGGGAUGUUUUAAUACAAAAUGCUCACCAAAUUACCAAAGAAUAAAUAAAUAAAUAUGAGCCUUCGAAACUGUAGAGAGUAAUCAGAUUUGGUUAUUCCCCUGUAAAGCACUCAGAGCGAUAGGUCCGGAAUGUGGAAAAAACAUCAGUUCUUAUUCAGAGAAACUGACAGCAAUGAAAAUUGAAAUGUUCAUACAGCAAAGAGAAGGAGUAUAGAUGAUUUGACAAUUCUGCAUUUUCUUUAUUUUACUGUGUUAUUUCAGGCCAUAUGAGAUGUCUAGCAGAUCAACUGACAAAUUUAGGAAUCUCUUAAUAUUUAAAAUAAUGUAUAGGAGUGAAUGAAUAUUUUAUAGGUUGGAAACUCUGGGUAGAUUUCAUAAUAUAAACCUCAAUGUCAUGCUUGCUGAGUUUCUGCUGUGCCAAUUAUCAUGGUGGGGCCCACCCAGGCCUAAAGUUCUGUUUGGAGAGCCAUGGGUAUUUCUUAAAAUGCAAACAUUCAAAUUUCUAUGCAAAACUCUCAAAUAAAGUGGAAAAAUACAAACAUUUCCUAUCAUUAUGCAACACAAAAUCUACCAUGGAAUACUGGGCUUCCCAGACAAAUUUUGGUUAAUGAGAACCAAUAUACCAUUGUUUGUUUGUUUAUGGAAGGAAACACCAGAAAUAUGUUUCUCUCUUAUUUUGGUUUCUGUUGCUGUGAUAAAUAUGAGUAAAGCAAGUAAGGGAAAAAAAAAGACUGGCCUCGGAAGACAACUAGUGAAAAAGGCUGGAGGUCAGAACAGGGAGCUGGGGACCGAAACUGAAAAGAGGUAUCAAAGGAACGCCGCUUACUGGCUGGCUUCCAGACACAUAUUCGGCUCUCUUUCUUAAACAGCUCAGGCCAACCUGCCUAGUUUUGACCCCCAUCCCACCCCAGCAAUCAGGAAAAUGUCCUACAGAUAUGUGCACAGGCCAAAUUGAUAGAGAAAAUUCUUCACUCUCCUCUUCCCAGAUUUAUCCAAUUAACAACCAAGAUUGGCUCUCAUUAAGUCUAUUCCUUGUCAACUGGGCAAACAGAUCAGUGGUCAAUCAUAACUUUUCCGUGUGCCUGAGAUCUCAUGUUAAUAUCACACACACACACACACACACACACACACACACACACACACACACACACACACUCCAACUUUAAAACUCCAGCCUUUAAAUUUUCUAGUGAUUUAAAAGUUUAAAUUCUCUUUUCUUAAAUAUCCAAUAAUUUUUAGCUGUGGGCUCCAGGAAAAUAAUAAUUAAAAAUAACGCUACUUUCUUAGUUCAAAGAAGAAUAGGCACAACACAGUUACAAUUAUAGCAUAGUGAACCAAGAAUCUAAUAGUACAAAAAGCUGUGUUUGACUGGUAGGACUUACAUACAGUUCUUGCUCCCUUCUGAACCAUUAGUAGCUAGGCCUACAGUAUCUGAAUUUGCCUCAGCAUUCGCAUCUUCCAAGGUUCUGCAGUAGAGCUCACUAAGGUCCACACAUGUGAUGGAUUUUCAGUCUACAAUUCCAAAGAUUUCCACAAUCCUCCCCCAAAAUCUUCCUACUCAAAGCAACAAUCUCACUUUCAGUAUAAAUUUUUAUCCUGGUUUCUUUUCUUUCCUCUCCCUUUCUUUCUUUCUUCCUCUUUUUUCUUUUCCCCCUCUUCCUCCUCCUCUUCUUUUUAAUAAACAUCAUUACUAAACACCACGUGGGAAGGAAAGGGAUUAUUUGGCCUAUACUGCCAGGACAUCAUACUUCAUUGAAGUGAAGGAAAACAUGCAACACACAUGAAGAAAUGCUGUUCUCUGUCUUUCUGUCUGUCUGUCUCUGUCUGUCUCUGUCUCUGUCUCUGUCUCUGUCUCUCUCUCUCUCUCUCUCUCUCUCUCUCUCUCUCUCUCUCUCUCUCUCUCUCUUUCCCACUCAGACAGUUUUCCAACACAACCCAGAACCAGAACCACCUGCCCAGAGCAGCAUCUCCAACAGCAGGCUAAAUCUUCUAAGACAAUUACCAAUCAAUAAAAAUAUCCUACAGACAUAUUAUAGGCUAAUCUGAUGGAGAUAAAGUCACCAAAUAUCAUUCUUGUACCCAAAGUGGCUCUAGUUUGUGCCACAUUGAUAAAAGUUAGUUGGUACCACCAAAUUGAUAUAUAAAAGAGCCAGUCUUGCUGUAAACAUUCUUUACAAAAAGGCAGUGUCUUGGAUGGGUAAAGAUAAUUAAUCUGGCAAAGGACACUGUGGUUAGGACAAAACGGCAACCAACAGAUUGGGAAAAGAUCUUUACAAAUCCUACAACAGGAUAGAGGCCUUAUAUCCAAAAUAUACAAAGAACUCAAGAAGUUAGACCGCAGGGAGACAAAUAACCCUAUUAAAAAAUGGGGUUCAGAACUAAACAAAGAAUUCACAGCUGAGGAAUGCCGAAUGGCUGAGAAACACCUAAAGAAAUGUUCAACAUCUUCAGUCAUAAGGGAAAUGCAAAUCAAAACAACCCUGAGAUUUCACCUCACACCAGUGAGAAUGGCUAAGAUCAAAAACUCAGGUGACAGCAGAUGCUGGCGAGGAUGUGGAGAAAGAGGAACACUCCUCCAUUGUUGGUGGGGUUGCAGACUGGUACAACCAUUCUGGAAAUCAGUCUGGAGGUUCCUCAGAAAAUUGGACAUUGAACUGCCUGAGGAUCCAGCUAUAUCUCUCUUGGGCAUAUACCCAAAAGAUGCCCCAACAUAUAAAAAAGACAUGUGCUCCACUAUGUUCAUCACAGCCUUAUUUAUAAUAGCCAGAAGCUGGAAAGAACCCAGAUGCCCUUCAACAGAGGAAUGGAUACAGAAAAUGUGGUACAUCUACACAAUGGAAUAUUACUCAGCUAUCAAAAACAAUGACUUUAUGAAAUUCGUAGGCAAAUGGUUGGAACUGGAAAAUAUCAUCCUGAGUGAGCUAACCCAAUCACAGAAAAACACACAUGGUAUGCACUCAUUGAUAAGUGGCUAUUAGCCCAAAUGCUUGAAUUACCCUAGAUGCCUAGAACAAAUGAAACUCAAGACGGAUGAUCAAAAUGUGAAUGCUUCACUCCUUCUUUAAAAGGAGAACAAGAAUACCCUUGGCAGGGAAUAGAGAGGCAAAGAUUAAAACAGACACAGAAGGAACACCCAUUCAGAGCCUGCCCCACAUGUGGCCCAUACAUAUACAGCCAUCCAAUUAGACCAGAUGGAUGAACCAAAGAAGUGCAGGCCGACAGGAGCCGGAUGUAGAUCUCUCCUGAGAGACAUAGCCAGAAUACAGCAAACACAGAGGCGAAUGCCAGCAGCAAACCACUGAACUGAGAAUAGGACCCCCGUUGAAGGAAUCAGAGAAAGAACUGGAAGAGCUUGAAGGGGCUCGAGACCCCAUAUGUACAACAAUGCCAAGCAACCAGAGCUUCCAGGGACUAAGCCACUACCUAAAGACUAUACAUGGACUGACCCUGGACUCUGACCUCAUAGGUAGCAAUGAAUAUCCUAGUAAGAGCACCAGUGGAAGGGGAAGCCCUGGGUCCUGCUAAGACUGAACCCCCAGUGAACUAGAUUGUUGGGAGGAGGGCGGCAAUGGGGGGAGGAUGGGGAGGGGAACACCCAUAAGGAAGGCGAGGGGGGAGGGGGAUGUUUGCCCGGAAACCGGGAAAGGGAAUAACACUCGAAAUGUAUAUAAGAAAUACUCAUGUUAAUAAAAAAAUUAUCAAUGGAAUUCAAGCUCAUACUUACAGAUAAAUAAAUGGUGAUUAAAUAUUAAAAAAUAUUGUGUCACUAUAAUCAGCAUUUCCAUCCAACUGUAUACAUCUUCCACUUUUAAUUUUAAAAUAGGAUAUCUUUAUACACACACACACACACACACACAGACACACUCAGACACACACACACACACACACACACACACACACACUUCCAAACUCUCAUGGUCCACUGCUAGGCAGGUAAAUAUAACCAAUGUGUUUUUGACCUGGGUAGGAACAUCUAGAAAGUAAGGAUUUACUACUAGACUCCUGGCUUAGAUAAGACACACAGAAAUGCAAAGCUACCAAAUGAACAGAACAGCCAAAAUCCAAAAAGACAUAGAAGACGAAAUUAGAUGAGAUUCACAACAUUCUGGAUCUAGCCAUACUCGAAGUUCAAUUAUUUAGUUCUUUGAACCAAAAUAUGUACCCUAUUGUAGUUUGUUAGUUGAAAGGUUGGUUAUACAAAGCACUUGGUGUUACUGCUACAUUUCUUAUAACUAAAUAAAUUCUGGAGAAUUCAAAUGUGGAUCAUGUCAUCACAAACAGGGUCAUAUCCCACAAUUUUAUGAGACCAUAUAAAGGAUUGGAAAGUCAAUGGUUAGAAACAAGAAAUUUUAUAGUUUAGUGCUUAAAAACUUAGCACUGCAAGUUGAAUUUUCUAUAGUUUGGUUACAUUCAUUUCUCCAGGGAUAUACCAGAGCAGUUUUCCCUGCUUUCUAACAUCCAUUCACACUGCUAUUCUUCCCUACUUUGGUCCUGGCAAUCCCUUGGUGUGGAGAACGAUCUCUAGACUGUUCUCUGUAAUUCAGUGUACAAAUUGUCCUUCACAUCCAUGGCUGAAUAUCAUUUCUUCUCUAAAGCUUUUCCUAAUCAUCUCAUCUGUUAUAUUUGUUUCUCUACUAUAAAGCUCUUGCUGAUUACAAGCAAUCUGUGUGAAAGACUUGAUGUACCACCAAGACCUAUAGGGUAAAUUGUUUGAUGUUGUGAACACAGGGUCUCACUUAAGUAUAUCUUACUUUCCUGAAACUUGCUAUGAAGGCCCGGAUGUCCUUUAAUUUACAGAGAUGACCCUGCCUCUGCCUCCAGAGUGCUGAGAUUAAAGGCAUACAACAUCAUGUUUUCAAUAUUACUGUUUUAAAUAUUACUGAGCACUAUAAUUUUUCCUUAUACUUUAUGUUCUUUAUGUGUGCUUCUUUAACUCAACUGAGAUGAUUCUGAGAUUUAAAACAAUAUUUAUUUAUGACAGCCUGGUGAACUGUCUUGGUAAAAAUAAAUAAAUACUAAAUACUCAAUUUAUAUUAAUCAUGAAUUUAUCAUUUUUUCUUUUAAAAAUCAAGAGCCCAUAAAAUUAAGCAAUAUACUCAACCAAAUAUAGGUAAUUCAAGAACAGAGAAUUUGAAGAUAAUAUUUUAGAAAUAAAAUAUUAAAGCAACUCAGUAAAGAUGAAUGGAGUCAAAAGUCUUAAAUAGAAGGCAUUUUCAUACAUAAAUAUUAAAAUCAAACGGUAUAAAAAGCUGUAGUUAUGGAAAAGAAUAGUAUGGCUCAAGAAAUGUGUACUAAAGUUGAAAAAUCCUAACUAUAUUACUAAAGAGGAUGUGUCUCCACAAGGCCUCUCCAAAGAAAUCAAUACGCACACAAGCUCCUGUUUGUUAAAACUAUACCAAACAGCACUCUUUCUAAUAUAUGUAUAUAUGUAAGGUAUAGAUUUCUAAUAUAUAUAUAUUUCUAUUUCUAUAUUGAUUUCUAUUAUAUAUGAUAGAGAAAGAAACAUAGCUUGGUUUGGUUGCUGUAGGGAGAGAAAGUAAAAUAUAAAUAAAAGAAAGUCAGACUUCAAAGACAAAUAGUUCAGGUACAGUUGGUAGGGAGAACAUUUUGAGUGAGGAUGGAAAUUCAGAGUGACAAAUGUCUACUGGAAGAGGUCACAGACUUGACAGUCUGCAGAACCACAACAGAAAAUAUACAUGGGGUGGAGUGCUUUAGGAAGUGUCUACAGACAUCAAUAUCAAAUGGUCCACACUACUCUCUGAGCUUCGCCAUGAUGCCCAAAGAUGACAAGAAGAAGAAGGAUGCCGGAAAGGUGGCCAUAAAAGACAAAGACCCAGUAAAUAAAUCUGGUGGCAAGGCCAAAAAGAAGUGGUCCAAAGGCAAAAACAAAGUUCAGGACAAGCUGAACAAUCUCGUCCUGUUUGACAAAGCUACUUAUGACAAACUUUGUAAGGAAGUUCCCAACUAUAAGCUUAUUACUCCAGCUGUGGUCUCCAGGAGACUGAAGAUUCAAGGUUCCUUGGCCAGGGCAGUCCCUCAGGAGCUACGUAGUAAAGGACUCAUCAAGCUGGUUUCAAAGCACAGAGCCCAAGUAAUUUACACCAGAGACACAAAGGGUGGAGAUGCCCCAGCUGCUGGUGAAGAUGCAUAGACAGAUUCAAUCAGCUGUACAUUUGGGA